UGUGCUUUGUCCAAUAAGGCGAGGGCAUGGCAAGGUCGUUAGUGGGGUCUUUACCCCUUUUUUCUCUUCCAUACAACAAAAACAGCAUUUCACUAAUCACACCCCUCCACUUGUCAUCCUCCGCCGCUGCCAUGCCUGCUGCCUCCGCCGCUGCCCACCCUUCCUUCGAAAUCCUCGGCGGCGCACGCGACCGUUUCCUGCCUGCCCUCUCCCACUUGUCUCGCCCCUACCGCCCUUUCCCCCUCCUCGCCGCCAACCGCCACGUCGAAACCAUCUUUGCCGCCUUCUUCCGCUCCGUCCCCGACGUCAGGCUCCGCCGCGAGUGCCUCAGGACGCAGGACGGCGGCGCCGUGGCUCUCGACUGGGUCUCCGGCGACGCCCGCCGCUUGCCCCCCGAUUCUCCACUUCUCAUCUUGCUGCCUGGCUUGACCGGAGGUAGUGAGGAUGCUUACGUGAGACACAUGUUGGUCAGAGCUCGAAGCAAUGGAUGGCGUGUUGUCGUCUUCAACAGUCGCGGUUGUGGAGAUAGCCCUGUUACUACUCCUCAGUUCUAUUCGGCUUCAUUUUUGGGAGAUAUGCGUGAGGUUGUUUCUCAUGUCACUGGUAGAUAUCCCGAUGCUAAUGUAUAUGCUGCUGGUUGGUCUCUUGGGGCCAACAUUCUCGUUCGUUACUUGGGUCAGGAAUCGCACAAUUGCCCUCUUUCUGGCGCUGUCUCAUUGUGUAAUCCUUUCAACCUGGUUGUGGCUGAUGAGGACUUCCGAAAGGGCUUUAACAAUAUUUAUGAUAAGGCCCUUACAAAGGCUCUUUGCAAAAUUUUCAAAAAGCAUGCUUUACUCUUUGAAGAUAUUGGAGGUGAAUUUAACAUUCCACAGGCAGCCAAUGCUAAGUCUGUUAGGGAGUUUGAUGAUGGACUGACUCGUGUUUCUUUUGGAUUCAUGUCUGUGGAUGACUACUACUCUAACUCAAGCAGUUCAGAUUCCAUAAAACAUGUUAAAACCCCUUUGCUUUGCAUCCAGGCAGCCAAUGAUCCGAUUGCUCCUAAUAGGGGAAUUCCUCGUGAAGAUAUCAAGGAAAAUCCAAACUGCUUGUUAAUAGUGACACCCAAAGGUGGCCAUCUAGGGUGGGUUGCUGGUGAAGCUGCUCCACGAGGCGCCCCUUGGACUGAUCCUUUGGUAAUAGAUUUUAUUCAAUAUUUAGAGAGAGGAGCAGUUAAGGCUCCAGAAACUUCUACCAAUCCAGGAAGUAAAGAAGCCUUAUACCAUCUUGAAGUGUAAUGUAAGGCACUAUGGUAGUUAUUCUUCAUACAUCAAAUUCAUGCUGGAAGCUCACCGAUAAAAUAUAUAUAUAUAUAUAUAUAUAUA